UAGAAUAUUGUAAGUAAUGAUAGUUAAUAUUUUUAUAAUAUUAUUAGCUAUAAUUUUAAUUUUAAACUUAUUCAUUUAAUUUCAAAAAAUAUUAGACGUUGGAUUAUAGCAACAAUUAGGUAACAAAUAAUAGUAUUGAUUCAAUUCCUAGAUUUUGUUACAAAAUGUCAUCUAAGAUUAAAAUUGCUCAGGGAGCUAUGGUUUGUAAAGAAAUUAAAGUAAAGGGUCAAGUAAGUUUUGGCGCAUCUACAAUAAUUCAUCCUGGUGUAACUUUAAUUGCCGAAGCUGGACCCAUUGAAAUAGGAGAAAAUAAUAUUAUAGAAGAAUAUGUCAAUAUUAUUCACAAAUUUUUACCCGGAGAAGAACAGUCUGAGCCAGUGACACUGAAAAUUGGUUCUAAUAAUGUAUUUGAAGUAUAUUCAAUUAUUGAAGGAGUCAAGUCUAUUGGAGACAAUAACAUAUUUGAAUCAAAAAGUUAUGUUGGUCGUAAUUUAACCAUAGGUAAUGAUUGCAUUAUUGGAGCAGGUUGCCACCUAACAUCUACCGCUCCUAUUGAAGAUGGUACUUGUGUGUAUGGUAAAAAUUGUACUAGACAAAAAGCUUUUUGUAAACCAUCAGUUCCCGGAGGUCAUCGUGAAUUUUUGGUCAAACUAUUACCAAGUUACCAUUUGUUAAGAAAAAAUAAAAACCCCGUUGAAGGAAUUUAAAUCUAUGUUCAGAUCAAAAUUGUAUUAUAUUCACUUUCAUAUUGCAUAUUAUAUUAUAUUUCAUUAAUCUUGUAUAUUUAUUUAAAAUAAUAUAUAUAUUUUUUAUUUUCAA